UGAGGCUGAUUGUCAGGAGGUGAUUAACCUAGCCUGAAACAUCAGGCACAGCUGAGAGCAUUGGGGGAGCAGCUGUCACUUGGUAGAUGACACUGAAACACAGAGAGGCUGUUCUUACUGCUGUUCGAGACUGAAGUGUGGUGUGGACUGACUGCCUAGGAGUCUCUAAACUUCAAGGUGGAAUUAACGAUGCUGCCUGCUGCUCCUGGACCCUUCCAAAUCGAGAGACUCUGAAACCCCGCAGCCCAGUGCUGGGAGCUAGCACAUAGUUACCUUUUCUCCAAAAGAAUGUUUGUGUGACAUGAAAAGAGAGACCACUAAUGCCGAGACACCAACACCUUGUCCUGUCCUCCUUCAGUGGUGGGAGAUACUUCCCUAACCUGCAAGGAGAAAAUUCCUUAGUGCAUCUGUAGCUCUUGCAUCGUGCUUGUGAAACUGGCCACACAAAGGAAAGGCCACUUGGUGUGAUCUAUCAACCAGCAGCAACUCCCCUCUCCCCCAGCCAGCCUGAGAUUUUGCCCCAGGAGUGUCCCUGGCCUCGCCUGGCAUGGAGGACAGUCUCACAAGGCCUUCGAGCCCAGCAGGGCUCUCCUGUUACAUGGCCGUUUCUCAGCUGUUAGGUUUGACUGUGAUUGCCAUGACCGGAGCCUGGAUGGGCCAAUACCGGGGCGGUAUUGCUUGGGAAAGCGCGCUGCAGUUCAACGUCCACCCUCUCUGCAUGGUCAUUGGCAUGGUCUUCCUCCAAGGGGAUGCUCUCCUGGUUUACCGGGUCUUCAGGAACGAGACCAAGCGCUCGGCCAAAAUCCUCCACGGGCUCCUCCACGCCUUCGCGCUGGUCAUCGCCCUUGUGGGUGUGAUAGCCGUGUUCGAUUACCACAGGAAGAAAGGCUUUGCAGACAUGUACAGCCUGCACAGCUGGUGUGGAAUAGCAGCCUUCAGCCUCUACUUCAUCCAGUGGCUCAUGGGCUUCAGCUUCUUCCUGUUUCCUGGAGCAUCCUUCUCGCUCCGCAGCAGAUACAAACCACAGCACGUCUUCUUCGGCGUCUUCCUCCUCGGUCUCUCCAUCGCCACGUGCCUGCUGGGCAUCAAGGAGCUGCUCCUCUUCAGUAUCCAGGCCACCUACAGCUCGUUCGUGCCGGAAGGGAUCCUGGCCAACGUCCUGGGCCUGCUGCUGAUCGGCUUUGGGCUGGUGAUCGGCUACAUCCUGACGCGGGACGAGUGGAAGCGGCCGCCCCUGGCUGAGGAGCUGGCCCUGUCCAUGGAUUUUAAAACCCUCACUAAGGGGGAGAGCCCCAGCAGCAGCCAGUGAUGGCUCCCUGUGCUGUGGGGCUCCCCCCAGAGGCAGGGCUGGGGUGGACUUCAUGGUCGCUGCUCACCCUGCAUGUACUAGCCCCUCCGGUGUCUGUUGCUGGUGUGUUGGUGUUGCUGUGAUCUCUCUGCCAUGUGCUGGUUGUUACGUGUACAGCUGGCGUGAGGGAGGGGGAUCUGCUUUAACCCCCCAUUUGCAGGGGAACUAUGUGCCAGUGCGGUGGCUCCCAGCCCCAUCCCGGUAAUAGGCAUCAUGGUGCUCUGGGACGAGCCAUGUUCUCCCACUGAGCCCUUAUGCCAGCCAUGGCCACUCCCCUGCCACCCAAAUCAUGGGGGAUGGGCUUUGUAUGUGGCAGGCGCAGGGGCAUUCCCAGUUGGCUGAGCUGCUGUGGGGGGAUUGGAUCCCUCGCCCCUCAAGCAGCAGGCAGCAGCAUUUCCAUUUCCCAGCCUGCCUGGCAAGUUAGCGUGAGGCCCACUAACAAAUCUAACUCCAGUGCGGAUGAAGGUCAGGGCCUGGCUCGCUCCUUGGGCUGCCUGCACUGACUUCUCCCUCCUGGAGUUCACGCAGGAUGCCAAGCGGUGUGUUGAACACCGCGCUCCCUGGCAGCCAAACCCCGUUCUCUAGGAGCCUUGUUUUAAACCCUCCCUCACUUGCAUGCAAAGCUUUUUGUGUCUCUCGGGCUGGGGUAUUUUUAAUGAUCACUUGGUAUUUGUGUAGCCCUAACGGGUCUGCAGCCAUGGCCUGAGCAUAUUGCCUUUGCCCCCUGCUGGCAGCAGCACCUAUCUCUGAUCAGUCAGGGUGUGUGUGUGUACAUGUGCUGCUCUCUGCCCUGGGUAAGAUAACCCACCCUGGCCCUUAAACCAGCCUAAACCAUCAGUGUUCUUAGAACUCCUCAUCCCUGGUACCUCUAGUUCCUGACGGGGGCCGCCCUGCCCUGCAGGCUCUCGCUGGCAGCUCCAUUCUGCUGAGAUAAGGCGACGCUCCAGCCAGCUGAUGUUGAGCAGAGUAGAAAUGCAGGUUGGUAAGGUCUACUGACUGGGUGGGCAGUGAAUUUUAACAUUAUAUUCAAGUAAAGGCCUGGUUUCCCCCAGCUCUCACUGCAGGGGGCACAGUCCCUGUCUGCACGAGUGACCCAUGACAGCGGCUUUUCUUUACAUCGAACAUGCAAAACUUUCCCAUCUACCCCUUUGUUUGCUCUUCUCUGUAACAAGAUGCAGGAGUUCAGGUGUUGCCAGGCAUUGCUGGUGCCUAGUGAUACUGCAGCAAAGACCUCACUUCCCUGCAGGGUCUUUGCAUUGAUCACCUGUUAAAUAUUCCCUUCGUGCAUGACUGAUCAGGGACUAGCCCCCCUCCAAUGCAGCUUUGUACAGAGAGCGGGGCAGGCUCUGCUGCCCCUGGCUGAAGGGUGCAUGGGGGCUAGGUUAGCAGACUAACACCCUGUUUCCAUGGGGCUGCUUGAGAGCCUUCUCGCCCUGCUUUCCUCAAGGGGGUUGGGGGGUUGAGCACCCCGCCCCCUGCUGACGGGUAAUAGAGCACACCUGGGUCCCAGGUGGUCCGGGAUGCUGUCGUGCGAUAACAGCUGUACCCUGGCCAACUUGUUUGUAAUCCCAUCUCUUCACUAUACAACACAGGUGUUCAACCUAACGCAUUUCAAAGGGAGACACGGCCCCCUUAGCCAUAGUGCAGCCCCCCCCAGAUGGUCACAGAGCACAGGCUGAAAACCACUCCUGUUUCAGGGGGUCUGCCAAGCGUCAUCCGCAUUAGGGCCCUGGGCAGAAAGCCAAAGUCAUCCCCACAUGACUGAAAGGGAUCGGGUAGGGCCCUGGCUUUUAUAUGCAGAAAAACAGUUGUGGCACAGGUGGGCUCUAGCAGAUAACGGCUGGGCCAGAGCUGUUAAUUAGCAGAUACUGUUUGUAAACCCAGAAAAACUUCAUCAUGUGGCUGCUGAUUCUCUUUGUAAAUAUUUCCCCAGCCUCUGUUCAGUGCAGAUUCUAAUUUUCUGACUUGUUCCCCUAAAGUGACCUGAGCUUGAUAAAGCUUGAGCUGAGGGUUUGCCCCACACCCACCACUGCCUCCCUUUCAAACUCCCCCUGCUGAGCAGAGACUGGCUGGGCCUCUGGAGUGCGGCUGGUUCUGUUUAACUCAGCACUCAAGCUGGGUGCCCAACAAUGACUAGGCCCUGUGAAAACCUCAGCUCCCAUGUUACGUGCUGCAGUGAGAGAGCUCUGGCUGGCGCGUUUCCUAACAGGGCCAGGGCGCCUGCCUGGUUUUUGAAAGACUUGUUCUACUGCAGUCAUCCCUUGUCCCAACUGAGGGCAGAUAGGGGGAGGGAUAGCUCAGUGGUUUGAGCAUUGGCUUGUUAAAUCCAAGGUUGUGAGUUCAACCCUUGAGGGGGUCAAUUAGGGAUCUGGGACAAAAAUCAGUACUUGGUCCUGCUCAUGAAGGCCGGGGGCUGGACUCAAUGACCUUUCAAGGUCCCUUCCAGUUCUAGGAAAUAGGUAUAGCUCCAAUUAUUAUUAUUAAAAACUAUUAUGGCCAGUGUUUGAAAUUCACUCUCUGCUGACUUCAGUGGAGCCAGGAUUUCACCCACUGACUGAUUUUGUCUCUCAGGAGGACCAAUGCAAGUUCCUUUAGUCUGAAAAACAACUGGCCAGCUCCAUAAGGUUGGCUCAGAAAAGUAACACACUGCUAGGGCCGUGUUUCCCUGCCCCGCAGUGCACUCAUCUUUAACGGCCAAAAAAAAAAAAAAAAGCUUGUAUCAAACAGAGGGUGUAAAGUCCCCUGAAAAAAAUGCCUGCCAGCAAUGGGAAUUUGCAGCAGAGUCUCGUACUGCAGAAACCUUUCCUCUGCCAAAUGCAUAGUCCUGAACUGACCCCAAAUGGUGCAGCUAAUGGUUACGUGGGAGAAUAUUUUAUAGGCUGUGUUUUAAAACAAAAUGCUCUUUAAAGCCGUGUCAAAGGAGCCGCAAUCACUGCACUGUGCUGGUGGCUCAUAAAUGCUAGUAAGGAUAAACCACGUUAAUGAAAUGCUGAGCUAAACAGUCUCUGGUUGAACUCUGUUUGCCUGUAUUGUACUGCACCUGAGUCAAUAAAUCCUGGUACCUA